AUGUCUUCCGAGGCGGGGUCGAACGCCGCCAAGGAGCGCGGAAAUGCGCUCUUUAAAGCGGGUAACUACCGCGAUGCUGUUGCGGCAUAUACAGAGGCGAUCGUGCAAGAUAGUGCGAACGCACCGCUCCUUUUGUUGAACCGGUGUGCGGCGUACUUGGCCUUGAACGAUUUUAAGAAUGCGCUCAACGACGGACGCUCUGCGGUGCAGAAGCAGGGCGCGCCGUCGGCCAAGGCGCUUACGCGUGUGGCCAAGUGCUACAUCGGCCUCGGCGAGCUGUCGUCGGCCGCAGAAAGCGCACGCGCCGCCGCCGAGGCGCCGGGCGCGACGCCGGCGGAGCAGACGCAGGCGCGCGACGUCGCCGAGCAGGUGCAAGAGAUCGAAAAGCACCUUGCGAGCUUCGACACUUACAUCAAAGAAAAGAACUGGACGCUCGCCUCGAUCGCGCUCGACCAGGCGCAGCGCAUCGCCAAGCUCUCCGAGUCGACGAGCCCGGCGCACUGGAAGCUGCUGCGCGCGACACUCUACCUGCAGCGCGGCAAGAUCUCGCAGGCGCACUCGGUCGCGACCGACAUGUACCGCGCGGACCCCACGAGCACGGAUGCGCUGCUGCUCGGUGCGCGUGUCAUGCUGGCGAACAACGACGUGGCGAAGGCCGUGUCCCAGGUCCAGGCGGCGCUGCGCAACGACCCCGACCGCGCGGACGUGAAGCAGUUCCUGCGCAAGUGCAAGGCGCUCGCAUCCCUCAAGGAGGCCGCGAACGCCGCGUUCAAGGCGAACAACUCGGAGGAGGCGCUCGCCAAGUACGCCGAAAUCCUCCAGGUCGCCGACCAGGACGCGGAGCGCGACGCGGAGCCGAAAAAGUUCAAGGCGGUGAUCUACUCGAACCGCGCGAUCCUCAAGUCCAAGACGGGCGACUACGCCUCGUCCAUCGCGGACUGCGACACGGCACUGGAACUCGACCCCGGCUAUACGAAGCCGCUGCGCACGCGCGCACGCGCACACCUCAGCCAGGAGAACUACGAGGAUGCAGUGCGCGACUUUAAAAAGGCGAUGGAGGAGAGCGUCGGCACGCCCGAAGCCGACUCGCUGCGCCGCGAGCUGCGCCAGGCCGAGCUCGACCUAAAGCGCAGCAAGAAGAAGGACUAUUACAAGAUCCUCGGCGUGUCCAAGACCGCGAACGAGCCCGAGAUCAAAAAGGCGUUCCGCAAAGAAUCGCUCAAGCACCACCCCGACAAGGGCGGCGACGAAGAAAAGUUCAAGCUGUGCAACGAGGCGUACAAUGUGCUCAGCGAUCCGCAGCAGCGCCGCAGGUACGACUCGGGCGUCGACGAUAUGGACGAGAUGGAUAUGGGCAUGGGCGGUAUGGGCGGCGGUAUGGGCGGCGGCAUGGGCGGCAUGGGCGGCAUGGGCGGCAUGCACGGUGUCAACCUCGCCGACCUCUUUGGCCCGGGCUUUGCCAACUUUGAUACCGGCGCACGCUACUCGAACGGCGGCACGAGCUUCCACUUUGGCUAA